CGAGACUUGUCCAAGGGAGUUGGACCUUCCACCUCUCAGCGUGACACUGUUUUCUCCGAGGUUGUCGCGAACACAUCUCAUUCCUCUCGCUCCGUGUAUUUUUAGUGCGUACUUUGCUUGCUUAAAAAAAAAACAACAACAAGUGGAAACUUAAUCAGCGUACCGUUACAGACUCCACCGGAAUAUGGCGAUGGACACGCCAUCGACGUCAACAACCGAGUCUGAGAUCUUGCGCCUGGGUGGCGUCGAGGCCCUGAGGUUGAAGGUGGGUCCGGUGCGGAGGAACCUCUUCGGGCCCGUAGACCACCAGCAGCUGCGGAAAGACUUCCAGCGCAUGCUGUGCAUGAGCAUCGAGGAGGCCAACAAGCGGUGGAACUACGACUUCCGCAGGGACGCGCCGGGCCCCGGCACCGACGUCCAGUGGGAGGAGGUCCGGUGUCAGGACGUGCCGAGUUUCUACCGCGGCGCCGCGGCGGGGCCGGCGGCGCGGGUCGGCAAGGCGGCGUGGCGGAGCUCCGCCUCGUCGGGUGAGGGAUCCCAGGAGUCCGGAAGCUCUUCGGGAUCCGGGGACGAGUACCUGGAGGUGACCGCGAGGGGGUACUACCGACUGCAGCGGCCCAAAAAACACAAACAAGCUUCCAUCACAGAUUUCUUCAAGGUGAAGAGGAGGCGGCUGCUCCAUUACAAGGCCCCAUCUCGGCAGUAGUCCCACCCCCCAGAGAUCCGUCUCAGCUGUACAUAUGUAGCACCUUCUAAUGGACUGUCUAGACAACCACACGAGGAAGCUAGCCGUGUCGUCUGACGUGGAUACUUCUACAUAUCUUCAACAUACUGUUUUCUUCAGCUCCCCCCCCCCCCCAACCCCCGCUAUACUGUGAAAUUAUAUAACGUGCACUCUUACAGACGACAAAACAGGACAGCGACGGCGCCCGGCAAGCGGUGAGCUCGCCUUGCCGAAAAAGCCCAACGAGGUUCCGAUCGGAUGCGCCACGGGCCGUCGCCGUUGUCACCCCCCCCCGCCCCCCCCGAGGUCACCUGGGGGUUCAAAAACAAAAUUGGUUGGAACUCCAGGUUCAAGACCGACGGCGGGGGGUCAAUGGUGAGGUCAGGUGACUUCACUAAUAUUUCCAAUCGUAAUAAUGAUAAUAUUCUUUCUUUCUGGCUAUUUAUUUAUUCUUCGCGAUGCUAGGUUGUCGUCCAAAUAAGUUAAAACGCGAAAAACAUUGGCAUAAAAUAUGUAAAUUGGUCAGAUAAGACAUUUUUGAAACCGCGUGCCAUUGCCCCAAAAUUGUGUGAAGAAGUCUCCACCGUCGCCACUAGGAAAUGGAUAUUAAAUAUGACAACACUGCAAAAAAAUAUAUAUAUCAAUAUAUCACACUAUAUUUUCUUCUUUCUCGGUAUUACUCGCACAAAGGGGUAUUUAACACCAUUUUUACUUUGGCAGCAGUCAAGAUGUACCUUAUUUUGUUAUUGUUUCCAGCUUCAUGCUUUUGAAUAAUGUAGCAUAUCCCCCCCGCGCAGUCUCCUCGGUUGAAAAGCACGUCACUUUCACAGCCACAUGUGGGCAAAAGUAUUGGGACACCUGGAAGUAUUUAAUUCAAAGGUGUUGCAGUAGUUUUUGACCAUAUGGUGUACGUUCAAUUAAUUACGAGAGGGGCAUUGGGGUAAAAAAAAAAAGAAUAUAGCGUAAUUCCCGGCCAACAGAGCGCACCUGGUUAUAAGCCUCAGUACAGAGAAAGCGUUUCACGCUAGUGCCGUGCUAAUGCUAGCGCCGCAUCACCGCAUAAACCGCAGGGUUGAAAGCGUGUGAAAAAAGCCGCGGCUUCUUGGCCAGAAAUUACGGUCCAAUAAGCGAAGGGCGUCGGCAACUUUUGAAGGCCUCAAAGCUGACGCAUAUUGAAAAAUUAUAACCAGGUGCGCUAACGCUAGCGCCGCGCUAACGCUAGCACCGCAUAAACCGCAGGGUUGAAAGCGUGUGGCGCGGCUUGAAGGCUGGAAAUUACGGUAUAAUAUAUAUUUAGAAUGUUAUUUUAAAUAUUUUACCCACAAACUACAUGAUUCAGAUGCAUCAAAUAAAUACAAUAAUCUGGAUUAACCCCUUACUACCUCAUUUAAAUAACAUUUGUAAAAACACAUAGAAAAAGUAAAAAAAAAAAAAAAAAACUGUAGCUCAGGUUGUUUGCAUUUGUUGAGUUAGUAAAGAGAGAUUGGUAGAUUGAAAUCAGCAAGGGGGGGGGGUCUUUUUGUCGUAGGAAGGGGCUCUGAGGGGACCUCGAGGGGUGGGGGCAUCUGGCCCCACAUUGCUUUUGUCCUCACACCCUCGGCCUUACAGUUACUUUGACAGGGAAGUGGAGAGGGGUAGCGAGCUCGUAUGGACCCCAUUUGGGUCAAGGAAUGUUUUCAUAUUUUUUUUUUAAUAUCAUGCAUCCAUUUUUCAGUCCCUCAAUCUCUCUUCGCUGAGCCAACCACCUCAGUCACUGCAAGAAACAUUGUCAUGGUUCUAAAAGGGUAAAUUUCAGAAAACACCGAUAUUAUUGUAGCGUCUACAUAUUUUUUGUGUGACAAAAAAAUAAAAAAUAUAAGCUUCUGUGAAAGACAAAAAAAGUUAAAUUAUUCUGAGUUUAUAUUGCGUUUGUUCAGAAUUAUGAAAAUCCCUUUUGUUGCUAUUACUAAUUGUCAUUUCUGAGAACUAUCUUUGCACUACUUCAACAUUGUUGACAAAGCUAUUUUUGUAUGGUAGUCUAAAAAAAAAUAAGUCUUGAUUGAAAAAGCUUCAAUUUUAAACUUUAUGCAGUCUUUGCUGUCCUGAUUCAUCUGUCACAGCUAUAGUCAGUAUCUUUUUUGUGUGUACUCUGCAUAAAUCAUUAUUGUAUAGCAUUUGUAACAAUGUCAUACACGUGUGUGCGAGUAUCCUGUAACAGUAUGGAAACCAAAUCUUAUAUUUGCAUUCUGAAUAUUGCUGGUCUGGCGGCGCACUGCUACCUUUGCCGUGAUUUCAUGAUGUGCUCAAACGGAUAAAAAUGCUAUUGCAUGAUAUA